AUGCCGCCACGACUACCGCUCCGUAAGCCCUUUGAGGCCCUCGUCAGGCGCAACAAUGCCACCACCCUCACAUCCCGCCGCACCCUCAUCGCCGCACCGAAACCAAACUCGGGUCCUCUGAUGGAGCGCCGCGCCGACCGCGCCCUCCCCGACAUGACUCCCAGCAAAUCAUGGAUGAUCACUGGUCCUUUGUUCCUCGCCGCCAUGGCCGCCUCCACUCUUGUCAUCUUCAACUACCAAAAGCAAAACUCGUCCGUCGUCACAAGCACAAUGUACUCGUUGCGAACAAAUGCUCUGGCGCGAGAGAUUCUCGGGGACGAGGUUUACUUUGCCAGCAAGUUCCCCAUUAUUGCGGGAGAGAUCAACCAAUUGCAUGGAAAGAUUGAUGUUGAAUACUGGGUCAAGGGAACGAGGCAAGAGGCCAAGAUGAGAUUCAAGAGUCACAGAAAGACGAGGAUGGGAAUUUUCGAGACCACAGAGUGGAGUCUAGAGACGACAGAUGGCAAGGUGGUUGAUUUGCUCAAUGCCACCAAUAGUGAUCCAUUCGUCGCCACACCCAUGGAAGCAAAGGCCAGCGCUGCUGAGGCCUAA